AUGUCUUUGGGGAUCCCUUAUACAAUUGUGGCAAGAAUUUCUGGGGUUUUGGGUUCCUCUCAAAUUUGGGAAUUCAAGUUGAGAAGUAUUGGAGCAAGUGAUAAGGAGCUAAAGAAUGGAAAUGUUAGGGAAGCACUGUCCUGCGAGCCAAACCUUGUGGCCUCGGUUGUUUUGGUGUGGUUCGGCCUCGGUUGUUUUGGUGUGGUUCCGCAGGUGCUCCAAAGGUUUUACACUUUGGAUGAAUUGAAGUUGAAUGAAAUAGAAAUCAAGUAUUUCUAUCUCCAGUGGGAUACUACCGUGGCUCUGUUGAAAGGAAUCUGCAGCUUGCUGCAAUUGUUGGAGGGAUUUCUGCUUGAAUGCAUUUGGGUUCAACCCACAACCAGUCUUCUUCAUUUUUGUUACCUUAGUCAAAUUUUGUCCUUUGUAGGUUCAUGUUUGUUUCACACAUUCUUGAUCUGUAAGCUUGCUUCCUUUUACCCUAUUUUGGUGGCUUUUAAUGGUGGAGUUUGCAGCUUGGUUCUUGACACAAUCGGUCACACCUUCAAUCAGAAGGACCAUAUUAGAGUCAUUCAACGUGAAGCUGGGCACUUCCUGAUUGCCUGCUUGCUUGGUAUCCUUCCAAAGGGUUAUACACUAUCAAGUUUGGAAACCUUCAAGAAGGAAAGAUCUCUGAAUGUUCAAGUGGGGACAACUUUUGUGGACUUUGAGUUACUUGAAUUGGAUAUAUUACUCAAAAGGGGCUUCACGCAGAAGAAAGCAGAUACUCCAAGUCAGAUGGUCUGUACAGAACACUUAAUUUUGCGCGUUACCAUGAAAUGGCGCAAGCAAGACUUGCAGAAGCCAUGUCCACUGGAAAAUCUAUAAGAUAUCUCAUUGACAUCAUAGUCACAGUAUAAAUGAUGCAGAUAUAUAGUUGCAACUGGGUUGAUGAUACUAUGAUCCCAGUAUUCAAUCUUUGUAUGAACUUCGCCCAAAAUCUAUAACCGGGUUUCAAGUCAUGAUCAAGUGUCUGACUGUAUAUACUUAUCAAACGCACCAUACGAUUCUACUUAUAGCA